GAGAAAAAGUUGCAGUCGAUUCGGAGGCGGUCGCUAAAUUCGUUUUAAUUCGAUAAUUUCGUUUGAAAUCUUUUCGCAAAUAUCACCAUUAGUUGCGUAACAGUGCAUUGUGUCGAUUAUUCAUUUCAAUUUGGUCGAUAAUUUAAGUUUGAGCGGUGAAAAACGGGAUUUUUCCAGGUCGCUCACACGACGAAAAAAAACCAACCCCCACCCACUAUUACCACCCACUUCGAUAAACGGUCGGGUGUUGAUAGGGGGUGGCGCGCUGACGAACAGCGGCAUGUUCAACACAACGUAAACAAAUCGUACGCGACGACUCACCGCGCGGUGAGGUGCUUCCUUGGUGACGGCGGCAAUAGGAAACUAUCAUUUUUGGCUCGCGCCAUCGAAAGUGAUGAUUGCGACAAACAAGGGCCAGAAUAAUUGCACAUUAGAAUUAUUCUCGGAUGCAGUCGUUUUGUUGCAGAUGUAAACAUGUACCUACUGCAGAUGCCAUCGAAAGGCGCUCUUUAGCAGGUAACUUAAAAAUAGCCCUUCUCGGGACAAUGGAUCGUCAUCGGCAGAGCGGUUUUCGAGAGCAAAAAGAGUGCCAUCAGGAAUAUCUACGACGUAGCUCAAACACACACAGCAUCCUGAAGUGCGCUGAUGAUCGUUGCUCUUCCACGGUUGGUCGUCAUUGUCUCUGCUGGUGUCAGUUUAUGGUAUUACCGCCGUCGACCAAAGGAUUACUACAGCAGUUGGUGUCGGCGUUCCGUUACAUAACUACAGUCGAUUACAUUGCGUUGAUAGUGAUUAACUGGCGCCGAAAAAUCGAAAUACUUGCAUUAGCAUAAGCAACUUGAAGAUUUGAAACAGCUGUAUUCGUUUAACGAACAUUCAUUAUGGACAAACAGGACACAUCCAAGCAAAGCAAGGGUAAAAGACCUUUCCUGGGACUGUUGUCAAAGCGAUCAUCCCGGGUAGAGCCACAACGAUGCACUGAGAGCGAAGACGAGCUUGGUGGGACAUCAGAUUCAACGAACAAUUCCACAUUGAAUCUCACAAUCGCCAGUCAGCAGUCAAGCAGUUCAAAUCUCCAACAACACUUUCAACAGCAGCAGCAGCAUAAGCCUGAAGCAAGUGUGGUGAACAGCAAUCCCGCUGCUGCACCCAUCAUUACCCAGCGUCAGGAUUCUUCCAAUCAGAGUGAUACUAAUUCGUACCACCUGCUAUCGACUUCCUCCACCACCACGAACUCGUCUGGGGAUCCAUCUUCGAAAACAACCAAUACGUCGUCAUCGUCGCAGAAGGUUUAUAGCAAUUUUACCGCAAGGGAUCCAACGCUUGCAGCCACCGUGAUACGAAAUCCAUCAAAUCGACUCAGCGGUCAGUUUAAUCUGUGCUGUUCGGUGGAUGAAAGCUUGCUCAAAUCGCCCAAGAAGAACCGAUACUCCGAUCCGCAUGGCGGAGGUAGCAAUUCAUUGGAUUACGAUAUUCAACAGCAGCAAUUGUCGCAACAGCAGCAACGGCGUCAACAGCUGCGGUUGGAACUUAAUGCAAAGGCCUCUGCCAUUGGCUAUCAGAUGGAGAAAUCUAGUCCCGUUACAAAUGGAACGAGAAACAGACCGUUGGAAUUUGGUCAGGAUGUGGCCGGUGCUGUUAUGGGAGGUGAAGGAGAAGGAGGCAGUAGUGGAUAUCACAGCAAUAGUCAAACGGCUUUGAUCGAAAACAAGGUUGUGACGAAACCUGUAGUGUUUCGGGAAUAUCAGAACCAUACACAACGUGCGAUCAUGAGCAGCAAAUCUAGAUUUAAGGAACGAUUUUUGCCUCCAUUGCCAAAGUUGGAGGGCUACGAAAAAAUGGAUCAGCACUAUAGUUCGCCCAAUAUAGCGGAUAACGAGGAUCCACCGGGAGUGGAAAGAGAUACUAGAAAGUCGAUGUCGUUUGAUACCGUUACUUCGGGUAAUGACGGUGACUCGGGAAUGGUUAAUCCGGUUAGUGCGGACUCUCUGGCCAGGCAAGCUUUAAUGGCAGCUCACGUACUGCAUCUCAUACCGGUAGAUAAGGCACGCCAAAGGAAUUUCCUGCACGGUAGACUGGGAACAACGUCGCUGCUGGGUGCAUCAGAGCUAGACAAAGUUCUACCAACCCGAGAGAUCACGAUUUUUGUCGGUACAUGGAACAUGAAUGGACAGAGUCCACCUAAGCAGAUGAAUGAUUUCGUUCUGCCGACUUCUCUGGAAAACGUUCCGGAUAUAAUAGUGUUCGGCACACAGGAGUCAUGCUCGGAGCGAUUCGAAUGGGAAGUAACGCUUCAGGAAACACUAGGCCCAAGUCACAUUCUUCUGCACUCUACUAGUCUCGGUACGCUUCAUUUGGCUGCGUUCAUUCGGAGGGAUUUGAUUUGGUUUUGCUCCGAACCUGAGGAUGCGAAUCUAUCGGUACGACCCGGUACAGCGUUCCGGACGAAGGGAGCCAUUGCCAUUUCAUUUUGCCUUUUCGGAACAUCCUUUCUGUUUGUAACGUCCCAUCUAACGGCUCACCAGCAGAAGGUGAAGGAACGUGUUUCGGAUGUGAAGAAAAUUAUCCAUUCGUUGGAUCUUCCAAGGAACUUGACUGUCAAACAUCGGAACAAAGAUGUUACGCAGAACUUCGAUAGUGUCUUCUGGUGUGGAGAUUUGAACUUCCGGCUCAGCGAACCACGUGAGAAACUGAUGCACUGGAUCGAGACAACUCAGUUCCCGCUACCGGCUCACUUGCCGCAUGGAUUCAUGCACACCGAUCAGUUGACGAGCGUCCUGUCGGACGGUGCCGCUUUUAAGGGGUUUCGAGAGGCAAAGAUCACAUUUCCACCGACUUAUAAGUACGAUCCGGGUACGCAGCGAUUCGAUACAUCUAGCAAGCAACGUGCACCGGCUUAUACCGAUCGUAUUCUCUACAAGUUCAAACCGCUACCGGUAACUACUGUCCACCGUCGCACAAGUAAUGCUGCGAGUGGAAAAAUCUCACACCCUCCGUCGCCGGUGAAAUGCUUAUCAUACGACUCAGUGCCGAGCAUCAUCACGUCAGACCACAAACCCGUUUGGGCACUGUUCCGCAACAUCAUCCGGCCAGGCGUCGAUACCGUACCAUUGGCGGCUGGCCUGUUCAAUCGGGAAGUGUACUUGGAGGGUAUGAAACGACGGCUGGACAGUUCCGGCUCCAGCUCGUCGGCUGUAUGCAGCAUUCAAUGAUGAUAGUUGAAACCCGUAAUGUGAUAAGGUAAUCAGCACACAGGUAAUGUUUUCUAGUCCACUAUGCUGUAUAGAGUUACUACAUAUUUAACGUAAUAUGGAUUGUGGGCAGAGCGUGCAAACCUUUGUACAACUGCACGCUGGCUCAAGUUGAUUCACAUAGAUAGAACUGGUAGAAAAUACCGCAAGGGUUAAUAGUAAAGUAAUCAAGAGAACAAAGACAACAUAAAAUAAUGAUUCCUUUUAAAAAUAACAUUUUUAACGUGUUUAGAAAGUAGUUUUGUGGAUUUGAAAACAUGAACGGUGUGAGCGUCUCUUAGAUAGCGUUUAGUAA